AUGAAAUCUGUUCCAUACGUAUGUUAUGGCAAUUGUUUGUACAUUGAGUCAAAAAUAGCUAAUGUCACGGGUAUUUCAGGAGUUAAUAGUAAAGGUUCAGUAGAAUAUAAGUCUUUCUGUUAUGAAGUAAAUUCAAUGUUCAUUCCAAACGUUCCUGUCAUAGCAACUCAUUUAGGUAAAUGGGUUCGCAUUAGUCCUCAUAAUUUGAAAGACAUGCAAUUCAGACUUGUUGACUUUCAAGGAGAGCCUGUAGAACUGAAGGCACCAGUGCGAAUGACUGUUGAAGUUGACUUUUUAGAAAAUAUUAAAUGCAACAGCUUACAAGAGAACUCAGAGCUAAAAAUAUAA